AUGACAACAAACAGCGACCUAGUCGCUGACGCGCGCCUUGCUUCACCUCCAAUCCGAGAUUCAUCACUCUCCCCUUCUCUCUCGACCCGUCCGCUAUGGAGCCGCCCACGUUCGAGCCUCAGUCGUGGCAGACGCACCUCAUCCGCCUUUUCCGCGUCCAUCAGCACCCGAGAUAGAGCUAUAAACCGCCUAGAAAGAACCUACAGUCGGCUCUACAAAAUAUGGAUGCGGUUAACCAUCUGGCAAAAGAUAACGGCGGUCCUCGCGUGGCUGGCUCUAUCGGCACUUGGUAUUGGUUUCAUGAUUAUUUCGGGCCAUAUCUUCAAAUGGUUGGAACCCGUGGCGGCGGAUUUUGAGAAAUCGCCGCUGGUGUAUUUUGUAGUCUGGAUCUGUACCUUUGUUGUUUCUUUUCCGCCGCUGGUCGGCUGGUCAGCUAUCGGGACAGUAGCAGGGUUUAUCUUUGGCGUUUGGAAGGGCUGGACGGUCUUCGCUACCGCAACCGUCGUUGGUUCAAUAUGCUCUUUUAUGCUAUCCCGAACAAUCCUUGCCAAAUUCGUACAUCGCCUGGUACAGCACGACAAGCGCUUCGCGGCUCUGGCAUUGACGCUCAAAUAUGACGGCCUGAAACUUCUCUGCAUGAUCCGCCUCUGCCCAUUGCCGUAUUCGAUAUGCAACGGAGCCAUUUCAACCUUUCCAACCGUGCAACCGCUCAUGUACGGCCUUGCUACGGCCAUCGUAACGCCAAGGCUAUUGGUGCCUGUAUUUAUAGGAAGCAGGCUGCGCGUUCUCGCUCACAGCGGAGAAAAGAUGGGUGCUGGUACCAAGGCGGUCAACAUAAUCAGCAUAGUCAUUGGUGUUUGCAUUGGCAUAUUUACGGGGUGGUACAUAUAUAAACGCACCCUCGCUCGCGCCGCUGAGCUUGAAGCCGAAGAGCGCGCUAUCCUUGCUCAAGCCGGCGGGGAUCCGUCACAGCUGCCCACUCCAGGCUCCUUUGUCGACAAUCCGGACGAGUACACCGCUGCGUCCAACCUACUCGCACACGAUAUUGAAGCGCAACGUAACUUUCAUGAUGACAACGAUGAUAUAACUGCCGACAUAGACAAUGACCACGUGGCGAUAGACACCAGCGGCUAUCGAGAUGAAUUCACAGACAAUGAUUCUGAUGUUUUCGGCGCUGGUGAUGGGGACGAAGGAACUGAAGAAACAUUGGUGGGUUGGGACGGGCUCUUUACAGCCAUAGUCCAUCCCACGUUACUUGAUUGA